AAGGAAGGUAAGGUAUAAACGAAAGGGGAUAAGGAAGCAAAAGUGGAUGAGGCGAGAAAUGAGUUCUGCUUCUGGUUCGAGUAGCAGAGAAGAGAGGAGAAGAAAGGCGAGGUCCACGUCACCACUGAAGGAUCGAUCCAGAACCUCUUCAUCUAACUUGGCCUCUUCGCCCAAACGAAGCACCUCACCCUCUGCUACUCUUCUCGACGUCGACGAUGACCUCUUUCGCGAUUAUCCCAACCCUAACCCUAGCCCUCGAAGCUUCCCUCACAACGUUAAACAGAAAUGCUGGGAAAAGGCCGACAAGGUCAAAGGACGAGACCCCGAACGCUGGCGCAGGGACGCCCUCGGCAACAUCGUCUUCCGCAAGCUCCUAGGUUGCCCUGGCUGUCUCUGUCACGACUACGAUCACAUUCUCCCUUACUCUAAGGGGGGUGAAAGCACACUGGAAAACUGUCAAGUAUUACAGGCAACAGUUAAUCGUGCAAAGGGUAAUCGAACAGAGAUCUCCAAAGCUGAACUUAUUCAGAAGAGUUCUUAUUGCAGGGUUUCAGAUCGUGAUAUGGAUCUUCUGGAACUGUCAGCCUAUGGAAAUGUCCGGCGGGGACAGGAUUCUGGGGGAUGUAGAAUCCAAUGAACAUUUAUAUCCUUAUUAACUUAUUGUGUGGUUGAUUCCUUGAUGGGGGUUAAAUGAUGACCUUGUAGCUAUUCAUUCUCACAAAUCAUUAGGGUUUCCCUUGUGUACAGACAAGUUAAAACUGCAAAGAAAGUGAUGAUAUUGUCAUUCCUGAGGUAGCUGCAUACUUGUGUUCAAGUGUAGCUACAUUAAUCUCUUGAGCUGCAUGAUUUUGAUGGCAAGUUCUGGCACUUACCUGU